AAACAAAAUCUACAAAGAAAAUGCGUCUGAAAGUUGCAGCUUUUCUCUUUGUCGCACUCUCUCACUUGGUGGAUGAUUCUUGGGGGUUGCAGAGUCAUAUAGGCCGGGGUGGUGAUGGUGGCGGUAAAAAAACGACAUUGGGCAGCCAUGCAAAGUAUGCGUAUACAACGGGCAGUUAUUACCGUAGAAAUAAUUUUGGCGAUGGAGAAGAAAUCAGUAAGCUGAGGGUGCUCAAAUGGAAGGACGAAGAAUCCUAUAAGAACAUAAUGUCCAUGAUCGCUGAUGGAAUUGCAGCAGAAUCUGGAGAUGGUGAAACUCAGAUUAUGAUGGAAAUGUUGGACGAACUUGCCAGCAUGCCUGACGAGGAAUUCAAGCAAUUCAUGGCUGAGCAUGAACUUGAAGGAAUUGCAGACUCUGAUGAGCUGCUGUUAUCAAAUCAUUGAAAAAUGGAGUUUUCUGACGGACAGACCUACCAAUAGACAACCCGUUUUCAUUUGAUGUUCCAUUUUUUUUAUUGUUUCAAACAGAUAUUGCAGAUUCAAAAAAAAAAAAAAAUGGCGCCACUAUAAA